AUGUCAAAACAGACCGUCUUCCUGGUUGGUGCGACUGGAGAGACAGGAGAGAGUAUUCUACGGGCUCUGCUGGACGAUGGCUCAUUUGAAGUGACAUGUUUCAUCCGCACAGCCUCGGCACACAAGCCAUCUGUUCAGCGGCUCAAAGACAAGGGAUUGAAAGUCGUGUUCGGAGAACUAUCAGACUCGACCGAGAAUCUCGCGAACCUGCUCGUUGGCAUCGACACUGUGAUCCUCUCCAUCUUCGCUUUCGACGUCGGCGUUGAGGCAUCCCUCAUCCAAGCCGCGAGCAUGGCACGAGUCAAGCGUUUCGUCCCUUGUGGCUUUGGAACACCGUGCCCGCGUGGAGGAGUCAUGGCUCUGCGUGAUCUCAAGGAGGUAGUUCAUGAUCAGAUCUUCACUCUGCAUCUCGGCUACACCAUCAUCGACGUCGGAUAUUGGUAUGAGAUUAGCUCUCCUCGAGUACCGAGCGGCAAAUUCGACUAUGCAAUCAUGGUUCCUCGAAACAAGGUUAUCGAGGGUGGCACGGCGCCGAAUAUGCUCAUUGCGAAGAAGGACGUCGGGGCCAUCACUGCCCGGAUCAUCAAGGACGACCGCACCUUGAAUAAGAGGGUAUAUGUCUGUGGUGAUAUUCUCACUCAGAAUGAGAUCAACUCUAUUGUUGAGGAGAAAACCGGCGAGAAAUUGGAGCUGACCAAUGAGACAACAGCAGACGUCCGCAAAGACCUCGACCAGAUGAACCGUGCAGUCCAAGACGACCCAAGCAACUUGGCCCACAAGUACAGGUUAUCAAAUGCUCAGUACAAUUUGUCCAAGUACGUCAGGAUCGACAACACCCCGGAGAUUGCAGAAUACCUAGGUUAUAUAGAUGGGCGAAAGUUGUUCCCAGAUUAUGUGUUCCAGAAGUUCUCGGACUUUGUCAACGAUCUUGCGGCUGGAAGGGUGCAGAGACCAUAUCCACAUGUGUCGCUUUAG